UCAGACUGACACCUCCAUUCGUUCUCUAGGCCGUUGUCAUGUGACAUACCAAUCAAGAAAACUUGCGACGCAAAACUCGGAUAGAAAAGUGUAAUGCUACAGAAUACUUAAAUUAAGUGACCAUGGACCCCCGUCACAGUGCCCAAGAUGUCGUCCGAUGUGACCUUUGUGAGACAGCUAUAGUGCAGAUGUACUGUGAUUUCUGCCAUGUUAACCUAUGUAUUGCCUGUAUAGGAAAACACGUUGCUGAUGACUAUCAAAAACACAUAGUGGUCCCAUUCCAAAAACGAAAAUCUACCUUGAUCUAUCCAAAAUGUAAUACACAUCAAACUGAAAAAUGUAAAUUGCAUUGCAAGGAAUGUGACAAGUUUGUCUGUUCAUUGUGUGCUGCAGAUAAACACAAGGGUCAUACAUUUUUAAUUCUUUCUGAAAUCUACAACGAAAGAAAAGCAGACAUUACAAAAGAUUCAGAGGAGGUAGAAAACAUUAUUUCUCCAACAUAUGAGGAAAUGGCCACUGAUUUAGAAACUCAAAUAACCAAGUUGGAUGGAGAAUAUGUGAAAUUCACAACAAUAAUUACAAAACAUGGAGAGGAAUGGCACAAAGAAAUCGACAAUGUCAUCAACAAAAUGAAAAACGAAAUAGAAGAGAUGAAAAUCAAACACCUGGAAAUUCUGAAGAAACAUUUGGAUGAAAUUAAGCAGAUACAGUCCCUUAUUGAGCAAUCCCUGAUUACUCUGAAGGAAAUGGAGGAAUCCAAUGAAGUGUCUGUGACCAUGGAAUACAGAUCCAAAAACAAAGAAUUCAGAAAACUUCCUCCUAAAGUCCGAGUCUCACUGCCUACAUUUAGUCCGAUAGACCAUGAACAGCUUUACAAGUCACUGGGAUCUUUGAUACCAUUAUCAUUUACGACAGAUGAAAAUGGCUACACACUGAAGAAAGCAGAAACCUCACCCAAAGAACUGAUGGACGAACCAGAGCUUGUCACUACAAUAAAUACUGGGUAUCAAAACCUUCGCAAUGUUACCUGUCUGAGUGAAGAAGAAUUCUGGAUAAGUGCAUUACUCAGUGAUAUGAAAUGCUUUAAUGUUCAAGGUACAGUUAUCAAUACAAUCAAAACAAAAUCAGGGAUAAUGCCACGUGAUAUAGCAGUGACAAGUGAUGGUGAUCUAGUGUACUCUGAUGGGACAACAAAGACUGUGAAUCAAGUGAAGAGUGGACAGACAGAGGAGAUGAUCAGACUACAGGGCUGGAGACCCAGCGAACUAUGUGUCACCUUCUCUGGUGAUCUCCUGGUUAUCAUGUUCAGUGAUAAUCAAACACAAUCCAAAGUUGUCCGCUACUCAGGUUCCACAGAGAAACAAACAAUACAGUAUGAUGAUGAGGGUAAGCCUCUAUAUUCAGGGAAUUAUUCUACUAAAUACAUCAGUGAGAACAGAAACCUGGAUAUCUGUGUGGCUGACGCAGAAGUUUUUGCAGUAGUGGUGGUCAACCAGGCUGGUAAACUCCGAUUUAGAUAUACUGGUCAUUCUUCUACUACCAAAAACAAAGCAUUCCAACCCAUUGGAAUCACAACAGACAGUCAGAGUCAGAUCCUGACAGCAGACAGUGAUAACCACUGUAUCCACAUCCUGGACCAGAAUGGACAGUUCCUCCGCUAUAUAGAUAACUGUGAUCUGAAGGACCCAUACGGUUUAUGUGUGGACAAAAGUGACAACUUGUUUGUUGCUGAAGUAGCCAUGGACCCCCGCCACAGUGCCCAAGAUGUCGUCCGAUGUGACCUUUGUGAGACAGCUAUAGUACAGAUGUACUGUGAUUUCUGCCACGUCAAUCUAUGCAUUGCCUGUAUAGGAAAACACGUUGCUGAUGACUACAACAAACACAAAGUGGUUCCAUUCCAAAAUCGAAAAUCUACCUUGAUCUAUCCAAAUUGUAGUACACAUCAAACUGAAAAAUGUCAAUUUCAUUGCAAGGAAUGUGACAUGUCUGUCUGUUCCUUGUGUACUACUAUAUCUACAGAUAAACGCAAGAGUCAUACAUUUUCAAUUCUUUCUGAAAUCUACAACAAAAGAAAAGCAGACAUUACAAAAGAUUUAGAGGAGAUAGAAAACAUUAUUUCUCCAACAUAUGAAGAAAUAGCCACCGAUUUAGAAACUCAAAUAACCAAGUUGGAUGGAGAAUAUGUGAAAUUCACAACAGUAGUUACAAAACAUGGAGAGGAAUGGCACAAAGAAAUUGACAAUGUCAUCAACAAAAUGAAAAAUGAAAUAGAAGAGAUGAAAAUCAAACACCUGGAAAUUCUGAAGAAACAUUUGGAUGAAAUUAAGCAGAUACAGUCCCUUAUUGAGCAAUCACUGAUUACUCUGAAGGAAAUGGAGGAAUCCAAUGAAGUGCCUGUGACCAUGGAAUACAGAUCCAAAAACAGAGAAUUCAGAAAACUUCCUCCCAAAGUCCGAGUCUCACUACCUACAUUUAUUCCCAACACGAUAGACAGUGAACAGCUUUAUAAGUCACUGGGAUCUUUGAUACCAUUAUCAUUUACGACAGAUGAAAAUGGCUACACACUGAAGAAAGCAGAAACCUCACCCAAAGAACUGAUGGACGAACCAGAGCUUGUCACUGCAAUAAAUACUGGGUAUGAAAAACUCCUCAGAGUUACCUGUCUGAGUGAAGAAGAAUUCUGGACAAGUGCAGCAGUCAGUGAUAUGAAAUGCUUUAAUGUUCAAGGUACAGUUAUUAAUACAAUCAAAACAAAAUCAGGGAAAUGGCCAGAUGAUAUAGCAGUGACAAGUGAUGGUGAUCUAGUGUACUCUGAUGUGACAACAAAGACUGUGAAUCAAGUGAAGAGUGGACAGACAGAGGAGGUGAUCAGACUACAGGGCUGGAUACCUGUCAAUCUCUGUGUCACCUCCUCUGGUGAUCUCCUGGUUACCAUGUUCAGUGAUGAUCAAACACAAUCCAAAGUUGUCCGUUACUCAGGUUCCACAGAGAAACAAACAAUCCAGUAUGAUGAUGAGGGUAAGCCUCUAUAUUCAGGAAAUGGUACAAUUAAAUACAUCAGUGAAAACAAAAACCUGGAUAUCUGUGUGGCUGACUGGAAAGUUGGUGCAGUAGUAGUGGUCAAUCAGGCAGGAAAACCUCGAUUUAGAUACACUGGUCAUUCCUCUACCAAAAACAAAGCAUUCCAACCCAUUGGAAUCACAACAGACAGUCGGAAUCAGAUCCUGACAACAGACAGUAAUAACCACUGUAUCCACAUCCUGGACCAGAAUGGACAGUUCCUCCGCUAUAUAGAUAACUGUGAUCUGAAGGAUCCAUGGGGUGUAUGUGUGGACAAAAGUGACAACUUGUUUGUUGCUGAGUUUGUUAGUGGAAAUGUGAAGAAAAUUAAAUAUCUACAAUAAACACUACUGUUUAUAGCCAUGCAAGUUAGAGACUUCAUUGUAUGGGCUUAAUGGUUAAAACGUAUUUCACCAGGAUGCAUGGAAAACAAAACAGACGCCAUUUUCACAGUAUUGGUGAUAAUUCAUGCUUGCUAAUGUUAUAAUGCAUUCUACAUCAAGAUAUAUGAUUAAACCCAUAACAAAUAUGACCAAAUAUUGACCAAAUGGUACUUUUAACAAAUCGAAUGAUAAAUAACAGUCCCAUGUUCUAUUCAAAAAAAAGAAUAUUCAAGAUAUACAACUGAAAAAAGGGAUAUUUUGUGUGUUGUGCUGUUGCAGCUCAAAAAUGGCUUUAUUUUCAAGUUUUUGUUCAAAAAGAUUUAUAGAAGAGGCUUUUGGAAAUAGAAACCAAAUCAUUGAGAAAUUAUUCCACUUUUACAUGCAAUUUACUGUAUGUAAAUCGAAAAAAUAUUAGCGAAAUAAUGUUUAAAUAUGUGAAAAUGCUUGCACAUUAUGCAAUUUUAUAAAAUUCCAAUGUUUAAACUUACAAGUAAAAAAACUACAUGUUAAUUCAUUAUUUCAACUUUUGUUUUGCAUUGAAAAUUGAGUUGAAUACUGAAUGAAACAUUAUAGAAAAGUUUGAGUGGAUUAUUCAAAACUAGAAAAAAUUACGCAUUUUUCUCUAACUGGCAUAAAAAUGUCCCAAAAAUUCUGUAGUGUCCGCAACAUGUGCAUAUUUUGGAAUGCCUGAUGACUAGUACUUCUAUACUCUUACUGGUAAGAGGCAAUACAGUUACUAAUGUGUCUACCAAAGAAACAGACUCUAGCUCAUAAUUGCUAAGUUUUCUGACAGAUAUAUUGUGUUUUGUAGUGUCCGCAACCCUGUAGAGUCCGCAACAGCUUUUUGAUUUCAUAGAUUUUUUCAAGAAAAUGUAUUAUGAUGUAUCUUUACGAUAACUAUAACUAUUCAAGUAUUUACUUUAAACAUGUAAUGGAUUAAAAUAUUGUGAAAAUAUAUGUUCAAACUCGAAAUUUAAACCCAUAACAUCUAGUGUAUACAUAUUCAAAAUCCUUCAAUUUUCAGUCUAAAGUUACAUAUUUCAAGUUAAUUUUCACAUACAUGUAUUUCAAACUGAAGUGGAAACUAAUUAAACAAAUAUAUGUCAAGAUGUUAAUUGUUUAAUGAUAAAUCUAAAUAUAUUCCAAUUUAAUUAUGUUGCGGACACAACAGUAAUGAUAUGUAUUCCAAUUUUCUUAAGUGUCUUAGACUAAAAUAUUUUAAUGAGUCACUAAGAUGAGCAGCCCAGAGAGGUUAAUGAAAUCAAGGGAGAAGAUAGAAGAAAUAGGGUGAAAUUAAAAAGAAACCAGUGAAGCUAAAGAAAGCCAAAAUAAGGAAAAGGAGAGAGAGAGAGAGAGAGAGAGAGAGAGAGAGAGAGAGAGA